AUGGAUGUGGAUGGUUUAUCUGUACGUGUUGUCGCAUUGUGGAACGACUGGCAGCUUCGCUCAAUGAUUUUGCUAAGUCUCUGGCUGCAAAUUUUCCUCACCAUCGCUGGCAGUCGACGAAAGUAUACAGCCGGAAUCUGGCUUGGGACGCUGGUUUGGCUUGCAUAUACGUCAGCUGACCCGCUGGCAACUCUUUCAUUGGGUACAAUUACUCGCAAUCAAGGGGGUUCAAAUUGUACCACUAAAAAUGAAAGCAUCACCCCGGCAUUUUGGUCAUCGAUGCUCCUUGUCCACCUUGGUGGCCCUUACACUUUUACUGCCUAUGCAGUAGAGGACAACGAACUGUGGUCGAGGCAUGUGCUUCAGCUAUUAACGCAACUUUCGAUGUCCUUUUAUGCAUCAUUGAGGUCAUGGUGGAGCGAGGAUCCGCUCAGAUAUUUAGCUAUUCCUAUCUUUAUUGCUGGAAUCAUAAAAUAUGGGGAGAGGGUUUUGGUUCUUUGGUUAGCAAGCUCCAACAAGUUUAGAGACUCCGCAAACGAAGAAAGGAAGCUUCUACGAGAGCAAUUAGAUCACAAAAUUUCACGCGAUGAACUCGAUAACAAGGAUACAACAAGGUACGAUGAAGUUUUGGGAUUUGAUGGCAUAAGACCAGAGGCAAAACAUCUCCAUGAAGCUCAUUUCUUAUUCCGAACUUUGAAGUUACUAUAUGGAGAUUACCUUGUUACAUAUCCAACUCACAUGAUCAGCAACUAUAUUAUCUUGAAGAGCAAGUCUGCUGCCGAAGCAUUCGAGUUGAUAGGAGUGGAGUUGGGUUUCAUGUUUGAUGUCCUUUUCACCAAGGCGAUGACAGGGGUUUUCUGGCGGCCUCGCCUCUUUCUCCGCUCCAUCAACUUUCUACUCUCUGUCUCUGCAUUACUUGUGUUGCUACCCAAUUUUUGA